AUGGCCCCUCUUUGGCCAUGGCUGGGCGCGUUCCUAGCAGCACUGCCAGUGGCUCUGGCUGGCCACGGUGACCCUAUCGCGCAGAAGUACAUUGUCGAAUUCGCUGACUCCAAAACUUCAUCUGCAAGCUUCCUGUCUACUCUCAAUGACCACGGAAUUCCAGCAACUCUUAACCACGACCUUUCCUUCGCUCUCUUCCACGGUGGCUCUUUCACUCUCGAGGACGACAAGAACGAAGCUGCCAUUAUUAAGCAGAUCUCAUCAUGGGCUGCUGUGAAGAAAGUGUCUCCCGUCAGGGAGAUGGAACAGCCAAAGAGUGAGGUUUCAAGUGUUGCGCACAACUCCCACGCCCGUCGCUCUGCCGCUGCCAACUCCCACGGUUUCCGUCGUCGUGACACCGCGGGCCACGAAAGCAAUGACUAUCCUCACAUAAUGACCGGUGUUGACAAACUGCGUCAGGAAGGCUACCUGGGAACUGGUAUCAAGGUCGUUGUGAUUGACUCGGGUAUUGAUUAUACGCAUCCUGCCCUUGGUGGCUGCUUCGGAAAGGGCUGUCUGGUUGAAUUCGGCUGGAACUUCUUGGACAACACUACUGACCCGUAUGAAGGCCAUGCUGGCCACGGAACCCACACCUCUGGAUUGAUUGCUGCUCAGAGCAACCCCUAUGGCUUCACUGGUGUGGCCCCGAACGUGACUCUUGGUCAUUAUAAGAUCCUUGGACAGCAAAAGGUGUCCUACAGCACUGAUAUCAUCACUGCCGCUUUCAAGAGAGCCUACGAGGACAAAGUUGACAUUAUUUCUGCCUCUUUUGGAAGUUACAGUGGCUGGAGAGACGAGCCAUUUGGUCAAACAAUUCAGAGGCUGGCUGAAGCUGGUAUUCCCACAUUCUCCGCUGCUGGUAAUGACGGAGCCUCCGGUGUGUUCUUUGGCUCCAACGGUGUCGACAACCCUAAUGGUAUUGGCAUUGGAGCCUUCAACAACAAAUACAGUCCUCUGUUGCUUUCUGGAGCUACUUACCACACCUCCAACGGCACUAAGCAGUUUGGCUGGCAGGCGGCAGCUAGCCACGACUUCAAGAAUGGCACAUAUGGCCUGUAUCCGAGCAGCCUUAACACAUCUAUCGUCAAUGAUUCCUGCGAGCCGUGGACCGGAACCCACCCUGACCUCUCUGACAAGAUUGUUUUGAUCCGCUAUGGUGGCUGCAGCUCUCGGGUCCAGCAGGCCAACGCUAUCCAGGCCGGUGCGAAGAACAUCCUGAUCUACCUCAACGAGCCUGGUACCUAUGAGUUUUCUGCUGUGAAUGACACUCUCAGUGGCUAUGGAAUGCUUUCCGCCCAAACUGGCGAGAAAUUCGUCAAUUUGGUUGCAUCUGGUGCCGAUGUCACUCUGAACAUGACCAGCGCCGAGUUUUCAAAGACCAUCUUCAUCAACGAGACCAACCCUCAGUCUGGCGGCCAGAUUAGUGAAUUUACUUCAUGGGGUCCUAGUUUUGAGAUUCUUUCGGAGACCGCUGUCUCGGCACCUGGUGGAUUUAUGCUAUCGACAUGGCCGCUCCCUGAGGGUGGCUAUGCCAUCGAGUCCGGUACAUCCAUGGCCACUCCCUACCUGGCUGGUUGCGUUGCUCUUCUGAUGGAGGCUCGCGGUAAGGGCAAUGUCAGCCCCGCCGAGAUCAAGACCCUGUUGUCCACUACUGCCAACCCCAACGUCUUCCACGACGGUGUCACUGCUGAGCCUUUCUUAGGAUCUGUUGCUCAACAGGGCGGCGGUCUGAUUGAUGCCCACAAGUUUGUGCACGCCACUACCAAGUUCAACACCAGCUCGAUCUCUUUCAAUGACACUCAGAAUGUCGCCCCGGCUUAUAUCCGCAUCAAUAACACUGAUUCGUCGUCCCGUGUUUACGCUGUCGGCCACGUCGGCGCUGCUACAGUCUUUACACUCGCCGUCAACAGCACCAUCCCCCAGGAGAACAACCUCGGAGAUUUCGUUGACCGUACUCCCCAAGGCGCCUCGCUAAAAUUCAGCUCAACUAGCGUCAUCAUCCCUGCUGGUCAGUCUGCUGUCCUCAAGGUCAUUGCUACCCCUCCUAAGGGUCUCGACUCCAGCCGGAUUCCUGUCUACAGCGGAUACAUCACUUUCAACGGCACUUCCUCGAGCGAUUCCUUCUCCGUUCCUUACCUGGGUGUUGCCACUGAUAUGCGCAACGUUACUAUCAUGGACACCACCGCUGGCAACAACGUGCUCACCGAUAGCAGCACCAACAAGCCUGUGAAGGCCAACCACCAAUUCGUCGUUCCGAACCAGAAUGGCGCAUUCGACCAGGCCAACACCACCUACCCCGUCUUCGCGCCCAUUCUCUCCAUGGGCACGAACCUUCUCCUUGUUGGUGUCAAGUCGGCCAAGGGUGGCCCCAUUCUCUCGAUUUCCGAGCAGACUGCCCUUCCCAGAACUGUUGAUGGACUUAGCAGUCCCCCUACCGUUACUUCCUGGCAGGGUCAGCUGGCCAACGGCUCGUAUGUUCCAGAAGGCAAUUACACUAUGUAUGUGCGCGCCCUUAAGAUCUCCGGCGAUCGUCACAGCUCGAAGGGUUAUGAGACCAUUCGCAGUGUCAACUUUGGCAUCACCUACGCUGCCCUUGAGGAUAACUAG